AUGACCACGGAAGACGUCUUUGUGACCAGGUGGAAAGCCAUCGAGACUGGAUUGAAAGAGAGUAUUCGGGACUUCGUAGCAUCGUCAUAUCGCGACGCCCUCCGUUUGGUGUACGAUGCCGAGCUCUCGGACGACUGUAUCAUCAGCUUGACGACAAUGCUCAAGGGACUGCAGGAACUGAAGGCAGACGUCUUCAGGAUGGUGGACGCGUCUGGGAAGAUCCCGACCGGCUUCUCGGACGGCAGUCUAGCCGAGCUGGGGGACUUCGACAUGUGCCUGAGGGCGGCCGUCAAGAACUCCCUGGGCGACGUCCAGUUUCGGGGUCAGUACUGCAGCCUGACCCUCAACUUUCCGCUACCACCCAAGCCGCCCAUCAUCCGCUACGGGGUGCCAGUGGUCGACACCACCAGCUUUGCCGACGACUCGGUAGUGAAGGAAACCCUGAACCUGGCCUGGGGCCUGUACACCGCCAAGGUGAGGUUCGGACUCUGCUUCCCCGACCGGUGUCAACCACCUGAACUGGACAGGCUUCUCAGAGCAAUCGCUGAAAAAGCACAUCUCAAUUCAACUCUCCUGGGCUGCGUGGUGGAGGAGAACCUACGGUUGAACAAGUCCCAGAUCAUCGCAAUCGCCGUCCUUGGCUGCUUCAUUUGCGUCGUGCUUUCGGCCACCGCUUUUGACAUCCUUCUCGGCUGUCUCCGAGGGCACAACCUUUUCGAUGAAAAGACAGGUGAGGCUACCAAAGCCUUCAUUUCCCUCUCAGUGCCCAGAACAACAGCGGCUGUGUUUCGAGCCGAAAGCUCCAAGUCGAUCCUGAAAUGCCUGAACGGACUCAGGAUUUUCGGCGUAUUCUGGGUGAUUAUGUUCCACACCUACACAUACCCGGACAUGGGAACUUACAGAGCACUACGACAGUUUCAAAACAAUUCGGUGUACUUCUUUUUUCAAUUCAUUAACAACGCCUGGCUCUGCGUCGACAUGUUCUUCUUCAUCAGUGGUUUUCUCAUCGUUUACAACCAGCGGAAGGUCUCUGAAAAAACAAAUCUCCUACAAUACUACGUCAAAACCUUGAUCCAGCGAUACUGGAGAUUAAUGCCUUUGGCACUGGUGCUCUUGUUGAUCCUGUUCCUCGAGCCUGCAAUGGGAUCCGGCCCCAUCUGGAAAGAGAAGAUGCUCAAGGAGACGAGGAACUGCGAGCAGCGCUGGUGGUCUCUUCUGGGAGCCUUCUCCAACUUCUAUUCGUACGACGACAUCUGCAUGCUGCAUUUCUGGUACAUCAGCGCGGACAUGCAGAUUUACACAGUCGUUCUGGCGCUGUCGCUGCUUUCAAUCAAGAGGCCAAAGCUGUCCAUUAUUCUACUGAUUGCCAUCACAGUUGCCUCAAUGAUCGGCAUCGGUGUUCAAACCUACCUAAGCGGUUUCGACCCGACAAUGCUGGUUUUCAGCCAGGACACACAGUUUGCCUUGGAUAUGACCCUCUGGUUGUACCGCCUGCCCCACUGCCAUCUUGGACCUUACAUCAUAGGAUCUCUAACCGCCUUUGUGUACAUGAAACACGGAGACUUCCGCCUUCAUCCGGUGGUGCAGAUGUUCCUUUGGGCCUUUUCCUUCGCCCUGACCGGCCUGGCUUUGUUUUCGACCGCGCAAUGGGGUCAGGGUGACGUGCCUUCACUUCCGGUGACCCUCGCAUUUGCCACAACCCACCGCGCUGCCUGGUCGCUGGGCGUCGCUUGGAUCGUCUUUGCCUGCAUCACGGGAAGAGGAGGUGUGAUCGACUCCCUGUUGUCCUGGGACGCUCUCGCCCCGUUGGGUCGUCUGUCGUACGCCAUAUACCUCGUCCACGGAUACGUCGUCUUCUUCAGCCUCUGGACCAUCCGUCAGAGAAUCGAGCACAUGCAUUUUUUCGUCAUGUCAUCUGCCCUCUCCAACUUCGUACUUUCUGUCGUGGCUGGCUACCUGGUACAUAUCUUCUUGGAGCGACCCCUCAUUCUCGCCUGGGACACGGCAACCAGGCAGUUGGAAGGCAGCCCCUCUUUACGCCGAAAGUACAACAUAGGGCAAGACACUUCGAAUGGUGCAACGGUCUUGAAGAACGUCAAAUGCACCACGUUUACGCCGAGCGGCUGA